AUUUCCUGGAAUGAAUCAGUAAGUGAAACCAAUCACUCCAUGGUGACUGAGUUCAUUUUUCUGGGACUCUCCAAUUCUCCAGAACUCCAGAUUUUCCUAUUUGUGUUCUUUUUUGUAUUCUAUCUAGGAAUUGUGUUUGGAAACCUUCUUAUUGUCAUCACCGUGGCUUAUGACUCCCGUCUUCACUCCCCUAUGUACUUCUUGCUGGCCAACCUCUCGCUCAUUGAUCUGUGUCUGUCUUCAGUCACAGCACCCAAGAUGAUUGCUGAUUUUUUCAGGAAACGCAAAGUCAUCUCUUUCAAGGGCUGCCUUGCUCAGAUAUUUCUCCUCCACUUCUUUGGUGGGAGUGAGUUGGUGAUCCUUACAGCCAUGGCCUUGGACAGAUAUGCAGCAAUCUGUAAACCCCUUCGCUACACAACAAUCAUGUGUAGCAAUGUAUGCGUUGGCAUCAUGGCUGCUGCAUGGGGAGCUGGCUUCCUCCACUCAGUGAGCCAGCUGGCCUUUGCGGUGAACUUACCUUUCUGUGGUCCCAACGAAGUUGACAGCUUUUACUGUGACCUCCCCAGGGUCAUCAAACUUGCCUGUACAGACACCUACAGGUUGGAUAUCAUGGUCAUUGCUAACAGUGGUGUGCUCACUGUGUGUUCUUUUGUCCUCCUAAUCAUCUCCUAUACUAUCAUUCUAGUCACCAUCCAGCAUCGCCCUUCAGACAGGUCAUCCAAGGUUCUGUCCACUUUGACUGCUCACAUCACUGUUGUUCUUUUGUUCUUUGGACCAUGUAUCUUCAUUUACACCUGGCCAUUCCCCAUCAAGUCAUUAGAUAAAUUCCUUGCUGUGUUUUAUUCUGUGGUCACUCCUCUCUUGAACCCAAUUAUAUAUACACUGAGGAACAAAGACAUGAAGACUGCAAUGAGACGGCUGAGAAAAUGGGAUGCAAAUUCUUGGAUAAAGUCUUAG